CAAUCUGAAAAGGUGCAAGGCCAUCCAGGGAUCCCAGUGCAGCCGGGAUCCCGGACACGCACACGCGCAACAUGUGAUGCCUGUGUCGCAGCCAGUGCGUGCCAAGAGUUUGUUACGCGCAAACUUGGAAAACUCACGGGUCCGGGUCUUGCAGAGCAGAAUGCCGAACAUCAAGGUCUUCAGCGGGACUUCACACCCGGAUCUCGCCCAGCGGAUCGUGGAUCGCCUUGGCAUCGACAUCGGCAAGGUUGUCACGAAGAAAUUCAGCAAUCUCGAGACAUGCGUGGAGAUAGGAGAAUCUGUUCGUGGAGAAGAUGUAUACAUCGUACAAAGUGGAAGCGGCGAGGUGAAUGAUAAUCUCAUGGAGCUCCUGAUCAUGAUCAAUGCUUGCAAAAUUGCUUCUGCAUCUCGUGUAACAGCAGUUAUUCCUUGUUUCCCUUAUGCAAGGCAGGAUAAGAAAGAUAAGGGCGGUGAUGGUGGAGACUCUAAAAAUCAGAUUGUCAUGAAGUCGAACGAGUGGAAAUUCAGGAGCCGUGCGCCCAUCUCUGCCAAGCUGGUUGCAAAUAUGCUUUCCGUCGCGGGUGCUGAUCAUAUUAUCACAAUGGACCUACAUGCUAGUCAGAUUCAAGGAUUUUUCGAUAUACCAGUCGACAAUUUAUUCGCCGAGCCAGCUGUCCUCAAGUGGAUUAAGGAAAAUAUCGUUGAAUGGCGAAACAGUAUCAUUGUCUCUCCUGACGCCGGCGGUGCCAAAAGGGUCACAUCCAUCGCUGAUCGAUUAAACGUUGAGUUUGCGCUUAUACAUAAAGAGAGGAAAAAAGCAAAUGAAGUCGCGAGCAUGGUGUUAGUCGGAGACGUCAAGGACAGAGUUGCGAUUCUCGUAGAUGAUAUGGCUGAUACCUGCGGUACCAUCUGUCACGCGGCGGAAAAAUUAUUGGAAGCUGGCGCCACAAAGGUUUAUGCGAUACUUACACACGGUAUAUUCAGUGGACCGGCAAUUAAUAGGAUUAACAAUGCUUGCUUCGAGGCUGUGGUAGUGACCAAUACUAUUCCUCAAGAUGGUCACAUGAAAGAUUGCCCAAAGAUUCAGUGUAUUGAUGUCUCGAUGAUGUUUGCCGAAGCGGUAAGGCGAACACACAAUGGCGAAUCUGUUUCGUACCUGUUUUCAAAUGUACCCUAUUAGAUGAAAAUCUUCCGUAAGCUAUUUCAAACUGUGUAAGAAGAACAUACUCUUUUUACAUUUGUUUAUUGUUAUUGUUAGUUAAAGACUACUUCAUCUACCUGCUAAUCAGAUACAUAUUCUGUAUGUAUCCUGAUUCCAUUGAAAUUUAUAUUUGUUUUAUUUUUUUCAUCAAUUUCUAAUAGACAUGAGAUCAAUCGAUUCAGAACACGAAACGAUGAACUUUUAGAUGAUUAGGUAUUUAGAUACUAAGGUGUUUCUUUUUUUUUUAACUUGAAUAGCAUUCUACGAAUUUUUCCGAACAGUAGAAAAGAUGCAUAAUGCUUUAGAAUUUUGUUGUGAUCGAAGAGAAUUGCAGCUUUAACUCUGUACAAUUUAUACAUAGCAAUCUUCUUAUCUAUCUCGACUUAAAACAAAAUGACAAAAGAGUCCAUCUACAAUAAUGAAAUCAUUAGUAAUUUAAUGAAUUGAAAUAUUUUGUAAACUGAUUGAAAUUGUGUUUUUAAUACGUAUACAUAAUGAUCACGUAGUAUAAUUUAUCACUACGGAUAUCAGAUAAAAUCAAUUUUAGAUCUGCUAUAUACGCAUAUACAAAUUUUUUUAUGCACCAAAAAAAUUACGUAGUUUAAAUUUUUGUGGUUUAAUUAGAAUGUGCUCAUCACAUUGCCUGCAAUUAUUGUGUACACGAUAGAAAAAUGGCAUUAAUCGAACGCAAGCAUAAUUCAUAAUGGCGAUAUUAAAAUUGAAAUGAUUAUAAAUAAUUUGUAGCGCUCGAAUAAAAAAACAAAUUCUGAUUUUAUUCAGCGAAACAACUUCGCGCAGACCAAUCUGUGAAUUUAGCUUAAUAUGAUUAUGAUGACUUACUAUAUCAAUAUCGAAUUUUCUCUCACACAAUGAGAAAGUGCCAUUUGUUAUUCGAUUGGGUAUUACAAUAAAUAAAUAAAAAGUAAAAA